AUGGCGCUUCUCUAUGUUGAAACUGCUGUUGCACGUCUUACUUUUCUGGACGGCACCACACAAGCGCCUGUGGCCCACUUGCCGUUUUGCCUUGUGGCCCUUUUUGUCGUUUUCGAUGUCCGUCAGAUGCCGGUAAUUACACGACAACGUCCGGUUCUCGUUCAUUACGACAUGCCUCUAAAGGCUGGUGCUGGUUCCAUGGUGCUCUUUCCUCAUUCUCGCGAUGACGAAUCUACGAAAUGA